CAUCAUUCACACAACAUGUUCCUGUUGUUUUUUCUGACAUGUACCGUGUUAACAGCCAAUGCGUCAUCAGUGCCGCUACGACAAAAACGCGUGGUCGGCGGAGAAGACGCAGACAUCAAAGAUCGUCCGUACGCAGUAAGCAUCGAACACGAGGGCUUCUAUAUUUGCGGCGGGUCAAUCGUCUCCGAGCACUACGUGCUCACAGCAGCUCAAUGCAUAGAUCAGAAUAAGCAUGAAACUUCAAAGAACUACACCAUCAGAUGUGGUACAUCGACUAAAUAUUAUAACGGAAGCGUCUAUGAGAUCGUGGAAAUAAUAACACACUUGUCUUACCGACGCAACCGGUACAACAAUACAAAUUUCGAUAUCGCGCUGGUUCGCGUGAAUUCGCCCUUUGUGUACAGUGACUUGUGUAAACCGAUCGAGUUGUAUGGGAAAGUGUAUCCCGAGGAUUUCGAGCCGAACAGUGUAGCUCUUGUCUCCGGCUGGGGAUGGAGCUCGCCUACUGGUUCAGACGACACAGAGACGUACCAGCUGCAGCUACUGAAAGUACCCCUGAUCGGCAAGAGGACCUGCAACACUAUUUACCAGAAGUUUGGGGGUAUAUACGAAGGCCAGAUAUGUGCCGGGUACGUUAGUGGACUGGGCAAAGAUCUAUGCUACGGUGAUUCUGGUAGUCCUUUGACGUACGAUGGGAAGCUCAUUGGUGUGGCCAUAUACAUCGAAAGUGACUGCGGACAACGGAGUUAUCCAUCGGUGUUUACGGAGGUUGCGUACUUCCUUCCUUGGAUUAAAAAUUACGUAGAAAUAGACUGAGCGAUGGUUCGAAAAUUUUUUGCGCAAAAUAAUAGAUCCUAACGAGAACUUUUUGUCAAAGUAGCGUUGAGGUGAAUUUUUUGGUUUAAUCAACUUUGAUACUUCAAAGAAAGAUAUUCAUUCAUUGAUGACAACAAAAUGCAUGAGGAAAUUUUCUAUAUAAGGUAGUGAAAUUUUGUUUCUAAUUAAACAUCAUCAAAUUACUUUUUAACGUGUUUAAUCAACCUAGCUUUAAAUCAACCAUAUAUUGAAUAAAGAUUUUUUUGAUGAUUAUAUUUUGUACUAUGAAAAAGUUUUAUCAUUUUGUAC